UCGGGUUCAGUCAGACUUUCAGCUAUACUGCUACAGUGUCAGCUAUACUGCUAUAGGCACUAUAGUCAAGUGGCUCGUGCUCGGGAUGAGAGUCAAGUGAGCACGCGUCGAUUAUGACUCGCGGGUUUCAAAAGUUUUCCGAUUUUGAUAUUCUUACGAGUUUAUUCAUUAUCGCGAUUGUUAUUAGUUAUUCAAGUGGCAAUGAGGAUAAUACCAAGUGUCCAACAGUUAGAGCUGCUAGGAACUUUGACGUGUCAGAGUUCCUAGGAAUAUGGUACGUGGUGCAAUACUACGCAAGUUCUGAAGAAGCUCUUGAUUAUCGAUGUAUGAGAGCAGAACUUUCAGUAUCUUCAGAUAAUGCUGAAAUAACAAUGAACUUCACCUACAGCUUCGUGGAUGAUCCAAUUAAUGAACAAUUAAUAGGGAACAUCACAUGGACAAUCCCUUCGCCGGAUAUGCCAGCUCACUGGGUACAUGCCGAAGCACCUUACGAAGGGGUUUAUAACACCUACGUACUAGACUCGGACUAUAAAUCGUGGGCGUUGCUUAUGCAUUGCGCCGAGAAGAGUAAAAGUCCACGGUACUUAUCGAGCCUUGUUAUGAGUCGAGAAGCAAGUCUAGCAGACAAUGUGAUUUCUUACCUGCGAGAAAAACUACCCAGGUACGAUGUGGAUCUGGAAUAUAUGUUUCCCAUGGAACAAAAUAAUUGUACAACGCUAGAGACGGAAGCUGAUGUUUUAGUACCGCCUCUGGAACCUGAUAAAGAAAAUAACGAACGGAGAAGGCAUCCCCUCAAAGGAAAACAUAAACGAUCCUAACUCAAAAAUCCUAAAUAAUCACAAAAAAACUACCAAGGCUGUGUAAAUAUUGUACUAACGACAAACUCAAUUUGUCGAACACUUAAAAGGGUCGAACAGAGAAUGUCAGUUACCUCUUAUUGUUAAAGACUUUAUAUUGAUUUUUAAUAAAUAAUUUUUAAAUAAA